AUGAAAAUUUUUUUCUGCGUUGUCCUUCUCCUUUUGGUUAUUACUCAGUCAUUACUUGUCCGUUCGGAUGUCCCACAAGCUGAGAAAAGGGCAUUAAGAGGGAGCCCUUUCGUGAUUAAGCGAUUCGUCCCUCAAGCGGAGAAACCAAGUAAAAGGGACCACAUAUGGGAUUACUUGUUUGAUGCGCAUGCCCAGGCUGAAGCAGAUCAAGAUCCGUGCCAGUGGCGUUGUCGAGACUGGUGCCAAAAACGAUGCAGAGACGAAGACGAAGAGUGCCUUGACGGAUGCUUGAACAUUUAUGGGCGUCGUUGGAGAAAGUGCAUACGGAAAUGUAAGAAUGGUGACCUCGAUCGACCAGAAGGGAAAGAGUGGGAUUCAGAGGAACAAGAAGAAGAAGAGGAAGAAGAAGAGUAGAAAAAAUAACGCCAGAUUUCAGUUUUUACGCCAAGAUAUAAAACAUUGCAGUUGCUAUACAUUGUCUUGUUCUGUAAUAAUUUGUGGAACAUUUUGA